AUGCUUUUUCUGGUUUUAAUGCUGGCGGCAAUACCACUGUCAAGAGCGGCCAGUUGCGGCUCUUCUGCAAUGCCAUUCAGAUUUGAGGUAUUACCAUCCGGGAAUCCCGUAUUAGGUUGUGCUACACCGUCGUGUUUCGGAGGUGGGCCAGGAGGGUCUGAAAGUCUCAGUGACGCCAUUUUUCAGCCAAGCGCUGAAGGUGAGGACGGCUUCUUGCGCGAAGGAGAUCAGCAGCGGACCCAUACUCGGCUUUCCUCUGCUCCAGCUCAACAGGCUCAAUGUCCUAGCGGUUUCGAAUCGAACUCGUGCUCAUUCAACGACAGAUCAUGGGUUGGCGGAUUUCUGGCCAGCCCAGAUGGAAGUCUUCGGCUCCAGUGCUGCACAUAUGACGGAAUGCGUUUUGCUGAGGAAGUUGGACGACCAAUCGUUCAUAGUGGCGAGGUUUACAGCGGAGUCAGCGGAGAAGGAUUUGGUUUUGUGUCUGUUGGGCGAGAGGAAAGACAGCAGUGCGGGGAGUACAAAAAGCAAAAGAAAGGCGCCGUUGCAAAGCCAUGCUCAUGUUUGAUAGGGCCGAUGCAAGACUGCACGUCGCUUUUCACAAGGCUUGACAUCGGCCAUACAUUGAUGGCAGUGCGGCUCAUUGUGCUCCCGCCGUCACCGGGAGAAGUGCUUCGAGAUGGUCGACAGACCGGAUUUGAUCUUAUCUCCAAUAUAAAGAAAAUCGACGCUGAGGAUGGCACUACCGCUUACGAGUUGACGGUCAUGAGAAUGAACUGCUUGCCUGAUCCAGCCGAGCCCAUUAAUGACGUCGCCUUGGAUCCAAACGAUAUUUCACGAAUCCUCGACAAAGUGGGAGAAGUACGAUCUCAACCGACCGGUGAAGCACAACAGCCACCCCUGUCCGAUUCAUACGAAGUACCAGUCAACGAGCAGCCAGCGGCAGCUGAAGAGAUCGUUCAGGUAGGAGAACAAGUGAUACCAGUGACUUCUGCCGGUUUUUACUACCCUGUUGCAUCCGGAGUGCCGGCAUGUUUCACCGGUGACACAAUGGUGGAGACACCUUCGGGCAUGAAGCGAAUGGAUCUGCUGAAGAUUGGAGACCUUGUGCUAACUGCUGAACUGAACUCGACCGUGUUCACCCCUGUCACAUCUUUCCUACAUCGCCUACCUGAUACAGUCGCAUCAUUCAUCAGACUACAAACUGAAGACGGAGAGCUUAAACUCACACCACAACAUUUCAUUUACAAGGUCAGUUUCGAGCCUGUUUAC